AUGCACCUUCCGCACGCGAGCCCGACCCCGACCAUGGCGGAUGUAUAUACACACAUUCACGAGUACUAUAGGCAGAGUCACGGAGACCUGGUGCAGACUGGUUCCCCAGCGGUUCUGUGCUCCGCGCUGCCUGGCCACUGGCGGUCGAACAAGUCUCUUCCGGUGGCGUUCAAAGUGGUAGCAUUGGAUGACGUUCAGGACGGAACCUUAGUGACAAUCAAGGCUGGCAAUGAUGAGAAUGUCAUGGCUGAGAUGAGGAACUGUACGGCAGUGAUGAAGAACCAAGUGGCUAAGUUUAAUGACCUGCGGUUCGUUGGAAGGAGCGGUCGGGGAAAAUCCUUUUCACUGACCAUCACCAUCAGCACCUUUCCUUCGCAAGUGGCAACGUAUACCAAAGCUAUCAAAGUUACCGUGGACGGACCGAGAGAACCUAGAACCAAGCAAAACUAUGGCUAUGGACAUCCCGGUGCAUUCAGUCCAUUCCUCCUAAACCCUGGAUGGUUAGACGCGGCAUACUUGAAUUAUGCCUGGGUUGAUUACUUCAGACCGCCCCAAACAGCCGGCCUAGUCAAAGGUACACCGAUGACGACACCGACUGUGCCUCUUCCGCCGACGGAUCUGUUUCCCUUCCCACCUGCGAUGGGAAACAUACCUCCAGCCGGCUUAAUACCACCGCCUGGAGCCUUCCUACCUCCGAAUGGUCUGCUACCCUUCGCACCGCAUCCAGCAGACUUAACAAUGAAGUCACUGCCACCAGAAUUAACGUUGAAGAACGGCGUGAAUCCCUAUGACGCUCUAAGGCACCUGCAAAGCAGUGUUUCAUCUAUGGACAAUUCUAGUGCUCGUCUCUCACCGACCAGCAGCAGACAAAGCGGUAGCCCAAGAAGUCUUAUCAACGCCAGCCCAAGAUCUAAAGCUGACUCAAAGUCCGAGGUCAAUUCAACGCACGACGCGACGAUAUCCGACGAGUCCGACGAAGAACCAAUUGAGGUUGUGAAAUCUGCCUUCCAUCCGACACGACCGGCAAACGUAGAGCUUCAACAGAUGAAGCAAGUGCAGGCAGCCGAUUCUACGGUGUGCGAUAAGCCAAGAGGUCGUAAUGAAUUAAAAGCCCCCUCACAGCGGACGACGCGCGUCGUAUCGACAAGUCCGACGUCCACAAAGCUAACCAACGGAACGUUAUCUACGCAUAAAUCCGUUUGGCGACCAUAUUGA